AUGUCUUGGGAAAUUCGAGAUCGUCAUCUAUGGCUUGGUUUUGGCGUCUUCUUGUUCGUUGCCGUCAAAGGAGUUGAGCGAUGUCUUCGAACUACUAUCAAACUAAGCGAGAUCUAUGAUCCCGUCUAUGCAAAAGCUGCCAACGGUACCCAGGCAGAAGAGUCGAUAAGUCUCGAAGCCUUGUCAACUUUGGUCACCUCGCCAAAUCAGGAUAUUUCAAACUCCCAGGCUGCUCUAGACCAAGCCUUCACGAAAUGGAAAACAAUGUAUCCUAACUCAGGCCCCUUGCAGGNNGCAACCUCUCUCAUCCUCUCCCGCUUCGCCCUAGACGACUCAGCAACCUCAUCUCUGACCAAUGAUCUCUUCUCCCCGUCCGCAGACACUCGAAUCUCCGCAAAACGCACCCUCGACCUCUUCGACGCUUUAGCCGCCGACUUCUACCCUCUCAACGACACUGCCGUCUCUACUCUUCACGACAAAUCUAACCCUACAGUACAGGUCAUGUGCCGAGCUUACUUCAAAGCAGCCAGAAAGUAUCGUCAAGGCAGGUUGGCAACUUUGGUAGACAUUGCAGAUGCUGUCGAAGAGUCUACGCGUAUCACUCAUAACAGGGUGAGACGAGCGCAUAGAUAUCCAGAAACGCAUUUUGUGUUUCCACAGCAAGAAGAUAGUACCGAGGUGGCUGCGUCGGCGAGAUUUCAACCCGUAUCGCACAGGGUAGAAUCGUUGGUGGACAUGUUGGCCGAGCAGGCGGUCAUGACAGGUCCAAUGGUUAGAUUUGCUGCGCCUGGAGAGCAAGAUGGCGAUGGUGUUUCUUCAACGACGUCCGGAUUGCCAGACUUGGAGGACUUGGAUGUCGUGGAUGACGAAGUUCCGCAUGCUGCUGCUAGAGCGAGGUUUCAAUCGUCUUCCAACCACGAAGCUGAGGUGAGGAGACAGAGGAGAGAAGCCAUGGUCUUGCACGAAGGCGGCGGUGUCAUUGGAAGUGAGGACAUUAUCCAUCCUCGCACAAAUAAUCACUCCUAG